AUGUCUCUUCCAAGUCGCAAUUCGCCGACAGUCAAAGCUCUAAUCGAAAAGCAGAAAGAAAAAGAACGUAAUACAAUCCAAGUAAGAGUAGGCAAGCAUAAAAACUUAUACACACUCGAAAUAGAUGUUUUGUACCGACACGCCCCGUUUCUUAAAGGGGCUUGCGAACAUUAUUCGCGAGGACUUGAUCAUAGCGCUAUCAACUUUCCACAAACAAAUGAUGUGGUUUUCAAGUUGUUUAAGGCAUGGCUUUAUAAACUUGAUUUGGGCGAUGCUGAUGAAGAGAUUGCGCAGUGGAAAGCUGGGAGGGUGAAAACUGGCGAGAAGGUGCAAAAGGUUGAUGAAGGACCGCUUAUCGACUUGGACACUUCGAAGGGAAAGGCAAACGCGAAGAAAAUUAGCGAUUCCCAGAGAGACGAGAACUUAGAGACGACAAGCAGUGACCUAAACACCACCAACAACGUAGCACUAACAAACUUCUGCUACCCGCACAUGGCCAAUCUUCUCGAUCUUUAUCUCUUUGCCGACAUGGCAAAACUACCACUUCUAAAAAACCAGUGCAUCGCUAAGUACUACAAGUUUACCAAAGCAACCGGAUACAUUAUGACACCAUGGCUUUCCUACAUGUGGAAAUACACCACUAAAGAAAUGCUAAUACGCAAAUUCCUUCUCGAUUUACUGACGUGGGAAAUGCCGCCUUUGUUAUUCGAAACGAAUUCGAAGGAUUUUCCGGGGGAAUUGAGAUUGGAGCUGCUGGUUAAUAUGGGAUAUGUUAUUCAGGUGGCGAGGUAUGGUACAUCGGCCAUAGAAAAGAGUAAUCCGUUGAAUGAUCUUAAUAACUACUAUGAAAAGGUUGAGAAAUUGGAUGCUUGA